AUGACCCGAGGCCCUUCGCUUCUGUGGGCCCUCGCCCUCUUUUCUGGGAUUUCCGCUUGGGGGGCCCCUUCAACUCCUCCGGUAAGUUUUGCUGCUGCUGCUGCUGCUGCUACUGCUGCUGCUGCUGCUGCUGCUGCUGCUGCUGCUGCUGCUGCUGUUUCUGUCGCUUUGUUUUCUGCUGGUUUUACACUAUCUGCUGCCGCCUUACUUGCUGUUGCUGCUGACGCUGUUCGGCCCGCUCUUGCUGCUGCUGCUCUGCUUGCUGCUGCUGCUGCCCCUCUACUUCCCGCUGCUGCUGCUGCUGCUGCUGCUGCUGCUGCUGCUGCUGCUGUUUGCUUCCAGGAAGGCGACUUCUUAGGAAACUUAUUAUCUUCUUCCUUUCUAGGGUCACCUCACCACGAAGGGUCUUCUCCUUUAAACUUAUUUGGAAGUCCCCUGGGGGGCCCCCCGGGGGGCCCCCCGGGGGGCCCCCCGGGGGGCCCCCCCCCUGCGGGGGGGCCCCCCUCUGGGGGCCCCCCGUCUGCUGGGGGGCCCCCCGCUGGGGGGCCCCCCUCGGGGGGCCCCCCAGGGGGGGGGCCCCCCGAGGGGCCCCGCUCUGGGGGCCCCCCUGAGGGUCUUUCUGCUGUUGGCAACAUUUGGCAAGAAGCAGCAGAUGCAGCACAGAAGCUAAUUGAUGGUUUGUCUAAUAGUUUGAAGACAGGAGAGCAGCAAGCUGCAGCAAAAGAAGCAGAGGGGGGCCCCCUGCAGCAGCAGCAGCAGCAGCAGCAGCAGCAGCAGCAGGAGGAAAGUGCUGCUGCUCCAGGGGGGGCCCCCAUCUCCACUCGCCCAAUGAGCUUCUUGCACGGAGACGAAGAGGAGGAGUUUUACUUUGCUGCUGAGGAAGCAGAUGCAGCAGCAGCAGAUGCAGCAGCAGCAGCAGCAGCAGCAGAAGCAGAGGCCACUGCUGCUGCUAAAAGACAUUCGUGGGAUACGCGCAGCUGGCAGGGGGCCCCUGCUGCUGCUGCUGCUGUUGAGGACAUGCUUGUGAGCCCCAUAGACCAGCAGCAGCAGCAGCAGCAGCAGCAGCAAACAGCAGCAGCAGCAGCAGCAGCAGCAGCAGCAGCAGCAGAAAAGAGCUGCUCCCUGCUAGAUACAGCAACUGCAGCAGAGGCUCUUUCCUGCUACAUACAAAAGAUGGGCUAUACACUAUCUGCUGAGGAAGCAGCAGCAGCACGAGCAUCCAUAUUAGCUGCUGCUGCUGAGUUUCCUGCUGCUGCUGCUGCUCACGUGGCAGCAGCAAAGCGCCGCAUGGAGCAGGCGCUCUCCCGCUGGAGGGCGACCAGCAGCAGCAGCAGCAGCAGCAGCAGGAGGCAGCAGCAAAAAGCAGCAGCAGCAGCAGCAGCAGACAAACCCUUCGACUCUGCUUCUUUCAUGUCCCGGGCUGUGCUGCAGGCGCAGCGGCGCAUGCAGGGGCUGCGUGCUGCAGUGCUGCGCGACAGCAGCAGCAGCAGCAGAGGCGACAGCCGCAAACGCGCAGCAGCAGCAGCAGCAACAGCAGCAGCAGCAGCAGCAGCAGCAGCAGCAGCAGGCUGGUGGGAAGCAACAGGCCUUCCGCUCACUCGGGCGGAAAUGCACAGAAGGGUCUGCGCAGUGUACAGCCAGCAGCUGCCCCACAGCUUAGACGAGCUGCUGCAGGCCCUGCGGCUCUCCCUGCAGCAGCAGCAGCAGCAGCAGCAGCAGCAGCAGCAGUGGGGCCCCAGCAGCAGCAGCGAGGAGGCCCUCGAGGGGAGGGUCUUGGAGGCCCUCCUCACUGCCCUCAAGGCGGGAGACUUUGCUGCUGCUGCUCGGCCCUGGCCGCAGCAGCUGCGCGAGCAGGUGGCUACUUACUACUACGCCCAGCAGCAGCAGCAGCAGCAGCAGCAGCAGCAGCAGCAGCAGCAGCAGCACGUCUUGCACAGCGAGGAGGGCCUAGCAGCAGCUUCAGAUAUAGUGGAAUCUCUUUUCUUCCGCCGAAGGCUUGCUGCGGGGGCCCCCUCAAUGGGGCCCCAUCCCCUGGGGGCCCCCCUGGGGGCCCCCCUGGGGGCCCCCCUGGGGGCCCCCCCCCUUGGGGGCCCCCCCCUGGGGGGCCCCCUUCUUGGGGGGCCCCCCUCAGGGGGGCCCCCCGCGAGCCCCUGGCUGCCGCAGCUGCUGCUGCUUGCUGCUGAAGGAGACAAGGCCUUUGAUGUCUUUCUUUUGUCUCCUACGGGGGCCCCUGCCUUUUGCAGUGCUGCUGCGUCGCUGCUGGCUGCAGUAGCAGCAGCAGCGGGCCAGCAGCAGCAGCAGCAGCAGCAGCAGCAGCAGCAGCAGCAGCAGCAGCAGCAGCACGUCUACUCAGCUAGCCAGCUAGCUGCGCACAAAAACAUGAGGGCCCUUAUAGAAGAAAACCCUUUGCUGCUGGAAGAGACCCUGCAGCAAGUCUCGCAGCAGCAGCAGCUGUGGGCCCUUGUUGCAGUGUCUCUACACCCCGAGAAGGUCACGGGGGUCUCCGAUUUGCUGCGGGUCCUGGCGAAAGCUGAGCAGUUUGCUGCUGCUGCUGCUGCUGCUGCUGCCACAGGCGAGGUGCAGCAGCAGCAGCACCAGCAGAUCGUGCGCGGCCUGCUGGAGCUCUUCCACGCAGACAACAGCAGCAGCAGCAGCAGCAGCAGCAGCAGCAGCAGCAGCAGCAGCAAGGGGCUGCCUCCCGUGGCUAUCUACGCGGAACUCAUAGUCAGAGACACAAAAGGAGAUAUUAUUUUUGGGCCUUCUGAAAUGCUUUGCCCCCACGCCUCAGUGCCUUUUUCGCUUCUCCGCCUGCCGCAGCAGCAGCAGCAGCUGCAGCAGCAGCAGCAGCAGCAGCAGCAGCAGCAGCUAGAGAAGCCUGUUGUGUCCCCAGCAUCUGAGCUAAGCAGCGCUCGGGGGCUCCUGGGGCCCCUGAUGCCAGAAGGCAGAGAAGGGCAAAUUAACAGCUGUUGCUUGGUAAGAAGUUUGCUGCUGCUGUUGCUGCUGCUGCUGCUGCUGCUGCUGCUGCUGCUGCUGCUGCUGCUGCUGCUGGUGCUUAGCGGGGUCUGCUCUGCUGUCUGUGUCUGCGCGCUAGGGGGCCCCUUAUGUGUUGCUGCUGCGCGUCGCUGGCCCUGGGCCCUCGCUGGCAGCAGCAGCAGAAGCAGCAGCAGCAGCAACAGGAGACGCAGCAGCAGCAGCAGCAGCAGCAGCAGCACGGGAGGCCGAGAUGGCUUAUGUGCUGGGGUGUAUAGCCAGCACGUUAGAAACCCCUGUUGCUGCAGUGCAGCUCUGCGCAGUCACAAGAGACAGGAGGCGCUUCGCCUUCAGGUAAGCCUCGAGGGUUUAGGGUUUAGGGUUUAG